AUGGCUUCUUGCGGGCGGCGAGGCUUCGCAUUUCAAAGGGGUGUGGCGGCGUGCUGGGUACCAGCGCGCACCGAGGGAUGCUGAUAGCUUAGCAACAAGGACGGGGCGAGGGGAGACAAUGGAUGCGCGCUUUGUCAGCGCCGUUGCUGGGUGCGACGCGCGAACAGACACCAUGGCCACGCAGGAACCGUCCCCUCCUUCGUCCAUGGAGAGCAACAAGCCCGGCUUCCCCAAGAAGAUCCUGGGCGACAAGCUGGAGGACAAGCACCUGUGCAACUGCUGCCACAACAUACUCAGACGGCCGUUUCAAGCCCAGUGUGGACAUCGCUUCUGUUCCUACUGCUUCAACCGGACCGUGAGUAACGGACCCCAGAAAUGCAACGCCUGCAUCAAAGAGGACAUUUUUGAGGAGCCUAUGUCGAUUCUGAAACAAGGAUGUGCUUUUCCAGACAACGCCGUGCGGCGAGAAGUUGAGAGCCUGUCGGCUGUUUGCAUCAAUGAGAGCUGCACCUGGACAGGCAGUAUCAAAGAGUAUGAGAUGGAGCACGAGGGGAAGUGCGAGUUCAUGUUCAUCCCGUGCCCCUCGUGCAAAGAGCGCAUUCGCUUCAACGAGCAGGAGCGCCACAACGAGCGAGAGUGUCCCGAGCGAACGCUCAACUGCAAGUACUGCAAGGAGCCGUUUCACUUUAAGAACAUCAAGGCGCACGACGAAAUCUGUCCCAAGUACCCGAUGAUCUGUGAAGGCUGUGCCAAGAAGAAGAUACCCAGAGAAAAGUACGUGGACCACAUCAAGUUCUGCAGCAAAUUCAGAACUCCGUGUCGAUUUCACGUGGUGGGAUGUGAUAUGUCUGUGGAGAAGGAGAAGAUCCACGACCACGAGCGCGCCUACGCCUACGAGCACCUCAACCUGCUGCUGCACUACAUCAUGGGCAUGAAGGUCAGCAUGGAGGGCCUGCAGCCCCAGGGGCUGGAAGUGGCCGGGCACAAACUGGUGGAGCUCCAGCAGUCCCUCCGGCAGCUCGAGGCCCGAGUCUCCCAGCUAAGCACCACCUCCUCUGGGCCUCCCGUGCAGGGAGCCGCUGCCUCCUCCUCCUCCUCCAGCUCCGGCCCCCCCGUCGCAGCGCCCCUCCCUCCGCCCCCCGCCAUGGCUCCCGCCCUCUCCGUGUCCACCUCCUUCACGCCGCUGCCCAGCUCCGUGGGCGCGGCGCUGGAGCUCCAGCUCCACAGCGAGAAGACCAAGGUGGCCGAGCUGGGCCGCAGGUGCGCGGAGCUGGAGGUGAAGUCCGGCACGUUCGAGAACGUGGUGUGCGUCCUGAACCGAGAGGUGGAGCGCUUCGCCACAACCCUGGAGGCCAGCAACCGCCAGCAUAAACUGGACCAGGAUAAGAUCGAGGCUCUGAGUAACAAGGUCCGGCAGCUGGAGCGGACGGUGGGGCUGAAGGACCUGACGGUUGCCGAGAUGGAGGGCCGACUGAGGGAGAUCUCCGCCACCACCUUCGACGGCGUCUUCGUCUGGAGGAUCUCUGAUUUCGCCAAGAAGAGGCAGGACGCCAUCGCCGGCCGAGCGCCCGCCAUGUUCUCGCCAGCCUUCUACACCAGCAAGUACGGCUACAAGAUGUGCCUGCGGAUCUACCUGAACGGCGACGGGACGGGGCGCGGCAGCCACUUGUCCCUGUUCUUCGUGGUGAUGCGGGGGCUGAGCGACGCCCUCCUCAAAUGGCCGUUCAACCAGAAGGUGACUCUGAUGCUGCUGGACCAGAGCAACCGGGAGCACAUCAUCGACGCCUUCCGGCCCGACGUCACCUCCUCCUCCUUCCAGAGGCCCGUGAGCGAGAUGAACAUCGCCAGCGGCUGCCCGCUCUUCUGUCCGCUCUCCAAGCUCGACGGCAAGAACUCCUACAUCCGCGACGACACCAUCUUCAUCAAAGCCAUCGUGGACCUCACCGGCCUCUAGGCGGCCGCAGUUCGCUCCGGCGAGACGGCGCUGACAUUAUCCCACCUGGAGAACCGCCAUCGCUGCUGUACAUUUGCGGGCGCGGUGACCUUUCCUUUCCUUUGACGGCGGCGCCCCUCGCGCUGAUGAAAUGUCACUUCUGUCGUGCACGCGAGUUUUCAGUUACACGGAAGUCGGCAACCACCGCAUGGAGGUCAGUGCGGGACAGGCGGGGAUGUGACAGGGAGGACCUCUGGUGGCGCGAAAGGCGCGUGGAGCUUUUGUGUCUCCUACGUCAGAGAGCUCGCGACGUUCGCAGAACACGGAGGCUUCUUGAUGACGGAUAGUAAAUGUGCUCGCGCCGAUGUCUCCGUGGGAAGCCGACAGUGGGCUCGUGAUAGCGUUAGAACGUGGCUUGAUGCGGUUUUUGCUUUUUCUUGCGGAUUGUGGAUAUCGUGCGCUUCUCAGUUCCAGUGUCGAGUGAUAUUUGCAUAGACAAACGUGGAGUUAUGUUACGAAUACGCGGAGCGCCUCAGAACACACUAGCUUCAACAACACCCACACUUAACAUUGCUCCCUAAUCCCAUUGGGCUUUCCCGAAGGUUCCUCGUUUGUCGUUCAGCUCGUUAGUGAUUUAGCCAUCCGUGAUGGUGGACAUUGCCUGCAUGUCUUUGGAGCCAGGCCGUGUACGUGUAAAGUCGGUGUUUGCGUAUUUGUUCUUAUUGGGAGUUGGUGGUUCCGAUUGGUGGUUUGGUACAUCUGUGGAAGAUACAGUGAAGUUACCAAGGCGUCAGGGCAGCUUGCCAGUCGCGCUCGAGGCGUAAAAAAACCUGUAACGCGCGUGCUCUGUUCCUGACAGACGCGCGCGGGGGGAGUUUUCCUCGGGGGCGUGCUCACUAGCUCACAUCUCAACACAUAGUACUGUGCCCCACCACCGACUGAGGUUAACACAGAUUCCACGAGAGGGAGGAAUUGUUCAUUCCUUUGUUUUACAGUGUAUUUCAGUGCGUACGUGUUUCUGCUGCUCUCAGAUAGAAUACUGAUGUGAAUCUAAUAUAUAUGUUGGUGCAAAUAUACUUGAGCUAAAUGUGUGUGGAGGUAGAGAGACUGAAAACAAGCGACUGUGUUACGUUAUUGUGGAGACGGGCCUUGUUUAGGGACCAUAUUUAUUGCAGAUCGAUGUUCAGAUAUCUCUUUUAGCCUUUUACUGUUUACUGUUACUCACUGAUUUGCGAUAUGGCUCCACAAAUCGACCUGAGAUGCAGUUUGUCCCCGCGUCCAGUAGAGGCCGCUGUUCCGCUCACUUAGCAUGCAUGCUGAGGUGUUUUGUUUUUUUUUUUUUUGUUUUUUUUUGGAAAAGCGUUCACGCUGGCCUGUUUGAAAACCAGUCUCGACCUGUAUUGACCCCUCUCUGUGCAUGGGAGGCUUCAAUUCAUAUUCACUAACGAGUUUCCCGCUGGUUGACUCCGUGAGCCACGCGCGAAAUCAUUUAUUUGUAUGUGUUUGGAUGCGAAUACCUAAUUGUAGAAUAGAUAUUAUGUUAUAUCUGGCGCUGUUUCUGGUCAACAGAAGCUCCCGCCUAUAUUCAUAGCAACUUAUAAAUAUGUAUCUUUCAUAUCAUAAUGCUGAAAUAAUCUAUAUAUCUGUUAUAUACACAAGAUGUUAUAAUAAACAUAGUAUUACUGAAUACUUUAUUAAUUCUAUAUCUAUAUACCGACUUUUUGUUUGUCAAGAUGGUUUGAACAGGCCAGAACAUCCCCUUUGUGCAGUAAGGACCUAGGAUUCUUCUAGAGUGCAAUAUGCGAUUAUGUCUGCUAGAUUUGAAUGACACUUCGGCUUUAAGGUCAUUCUCAACUUAUUUGUUGCCAUUUGUUUACAUCACGACGACCAGUUUCGAACGUUCCGUGAAAAAUGCAGGGUUUUCCUCGUCACUGAAACUCAAAUCCAUAGUGAGUGAGUAUUCAUGACGCUAAGUGAUGAUUUUAUAACGUUCAGCAUUUUAACGUUUAGAGGCUUUUACCAGUUAGAAGGUUCAAUUACCUUUUCAAAUCUGUCGGAGCAUGUAAUAAGAAGUAGGAUGAACCUUUACAACCUGGAGUGUUCUUGUAAUGUGCCAAAAUCAAUUAUUACCUCCAUAUACUAACAACAUUGUGUUGCAAGUUGUAUUUUAUGUUCUAUGCUAAGACUGGUGCCAAAUAUGUUUGUAUUUAAUAUUUGUAUGUACAGUACAUGCAUGGGUGUGUGUGUGUGAAAUCUGAUGCAUUGGUCACUAGAGGAGGUAAUUGAACUUGUCCCAUGAAGCUGCCCUCUAUGUGCAGACCCUCCCAGAGGUUUCUGAAUGUAAGCUUUUGUAUGCAGAUGUUUCUGAUUUUUACAAUAGCAGCUGUGUAACGUGAUGCAGUUGAAUUGAACCGACUUUAUUUGUGCACUUUUUUAUUGGUCAUUUGUCCAAACAGGGUAUUUUGUUGAGUGGUUUGCGUACCUUGAAAUCAGAGCCAUAUAUAUUCUGAUGUGGAGAAUUGUUGUAUUAUGCUAAAAAGGACAUGCAGUAUGUAAUAAAGUUUGUUCAUUUCA